AAUAUUUCAGAUUUCGGCUGGUAGAUUAGUUGAAACAAGGCUUUGACGGGCUCAGGAUGUUCUUUUUGGGAACUGAAAAGCAUGCCUGAAAUCCCCAGAUAGCUAAAAAGAAUGAGCAUUGUAACUAAGCAAAGAGAGCCUCUAAGAUUGCCUAUCAAAACAGAGGCAGAGCUAGAUAAGAUCAGCAACUUACCAGGACAUGUUAUUGAUCAAAUCUUGUCACAUUUGCCGAUAAGGGAUGCCGUAAGGACUAGUGUUCUGUCAAGGAAGUGGAGAUACAAAUGGGCUACAAUACCGUAUCUUGUGUUUGAUAAUCAGUGUCUUAAUGUCUCUUCCCAAGACCAAACUUUCAUAAAAAACAAGCUUGUAAACAUCAUUGACCAUGUACUCUUACUUCACAAGGGUCCAUUACACAAGUUCAAACUCUCUCAUCGAGAUCUUUUAGGAGUCACUGACAUUGAUCGAUGGAUUCUUUGUUUAUCGAGGAGCUCUAUCAAAGAAUUCAUACUGGAAAUAUGGAAGGGCCAGCGCUACAAGCCGCCUUCUUGUUUAUUUAAUUGCCAGAAUUUGAUUCAUUUGGAGCUAUUUAAUUGCUUGCUAAAACCUCCAUUGACAUUCAAAGGUUUCAAGAAUUUGAGGAGCCUUGAUCUUCAGCACAUUACCAUCAUCCAAAAUGUGUUUGAAAACCUCAUUUCUAGCUGCCCUCUGCUUGAGAGAUUAACAUUGAUGAACUUUACUGGUGUCACACAUCUUAACAUUGAUGCACCAAAUCUGCAAUUCUUUGACAUUGGAGGUAUUUUUGAUGAUGUUAGCUUUCAGAAUACAGUCCAUUUAGCUCUAGUUUCCAUUGGUUUGUAUGUGAAUAUCGACAAUGAAGAGAACAAUGCUGAAGAGAACUCUAGUAAAUUGCUCAGAUUCUUUGUUAAUCUGCCCCAUAUUCGAAGGCUGGAGGUUCAGAGUUACUUUUUGAAGUAUUUGGCUAUUGGAAGUGUGCCAAGCAGGUUGCCUAACCCAUGUGUUGAUCUGAAUUAUCUAUCCAUUCGCAUAGAUUUUGAGGAUUUGGAGGAAAAUAUAGCUGCUCAAUGCCUCCUACGAAGUUGUCCAAAUCUUCAAGAGCUGGAAAUGUUGGCUCGACCAGAGGAACAAAAUUCUGUGGAAACAUCCUCUAACUUUUGGGAAGAUGAUCAUUGGAGCUCACUGUUUGCCCAUCUGAGACUGGUUAAAGUAUCAGGCAUCUCCGGUGUUAAAUCGGAAAUGGAUUUCAUCAAGUUCCUGCUUUCAAAUUCACCUGUCCUUGAGCGGUUGACUGUUAAGCCUGCUUCCCAGGAUGGUGAAUGGGAGCUGAUGAAGGAAUUGCUGCGGUUCCGGCGCGCCUCAAUAUAUGCAGAAGUCAUUUAUUUAGACCCAUGAUAGUUAUGUGGCUGCCAUGAAGGAAAGACAGGAACAUGUAAAAUAGUAUGCAAAAAGCUGUGUUCUUCUGGAUGUUAUGCCUUGCCUUGUCGGAAGAAUUCUUGUAAGUAAUACCACUUGUUUACGUAUUUAUUAUUUGUCAACUAAUGCAGCCCCCAUCGGAGGUGUGCUCAUUAACCCUUAAUUAUUGUCGUUAAUCAAAAUGUAUCUUCAUUUUAUCUAUGAAAUUUGAAAAUAGAAACUAUCUUUCA